UCCAGGAAUUAUUAUUUCGUCCGCCGCCGCCGGCCUUUAGCGAGACCCAACGAGAUCACUUCGGACUCGGACGAAACCGCUGAGCUGUCUAGAAAAAUCAGAUCGACAACGCCCGACAGUCGGGAGAUCGGAGGUACUAGGGUCAAUGGAGAGACCGGGCGUAGGUAUAGAAGUAGGCUUCAACCUUCAGCCGACGACUCAGUCCCGGCUGAAGCGUCUGCUGUACCGCGAGGGCAAUUCAGGCCUCGUUUAAAUCGGGAGGAGUUGAUUUCAUUAACUCCGAUAGAUAUUGACAGUGACAUAGAAGCUCCAGUGUCUGCACCCAAGCCUAGUUUUGCUCCCAGGCGCUUCCGAGGAAGAACAUCUACCACCGUGGCCGAUAAAGCUGAGGACAGUGAAGUAUCAGCCGCUACACUCGAUGUUAGGCCGAGCAUAUUACCGAGGGGUAGAGGCAGGUUUUCUGGAAGCACCACCACUGAAAGCAUAGAACCCAGCACAAGUGAAGCCUCAUUAGUGGCACGACGCCCAGCGUUUACAAAAUUCACGCCUCGCCCGUUUACUAGAUCGACUACUGCGUCUAGGUCUGGCCUAGAUGAGCAAGUUGAAGAAGAGGUUAGUGAAGAUGUAACUAGAAAAAUCUCACCCAGGUUGCCAUUUGGCAGAGUGAGACCGUCGACGUCCACUCCUCUACCGACAUUCCAAGCUAGGAAAGUAUCGUUUCCGUCUCGUCAAUCUACUACUCCGCGAAUACUGACUAGUGACAUUGACGAGGAGGAGCAAGAUAAACAUGAAGAUAUCACUCUCUCUGAAAGUGCUCUGAGUGAAACAGAGCAUGAGGAUAAUCUCGACGAAGAAAUUAAUGAAACUCCUAAGCGUAUUGUCAUUAAACGUCUCAGAACACCCAGCAGUUCUACGACUGAGAGUCCAAUUGCUACAGAAACUAUUCCAAUAAAUGAUUUGGGCAAAAGGAAAUUUAGAGUAAUUAGACGAAGACCAACUUCUACAGCUGCUCCCGAAGAACCUAGUGUGGCUCCCACUGAACCAACAAGAAAUAAAAUUCGUAAGGUAAUUAGGAAAAAGAUAAGACCAAUUGAGGAUGAGCCCGAAAUUUUGGCCAAAUCUAUAGGUUCCCUGAACGCAGUUAAUAAAGAAAGUUCAACAGAAAUUGUAACUAACUACGGAGAAAAAACAAAAACUUCAAUAAUUUCUAUAACAACCGAGGCGCCUUCUUCCACCACUCCAGAGCUAGAAAAGGAGUUAGAUGAACAAAUUGUUGAAAAUGAAAACAAUAGUAAUGAUGAAACGAACAUAGAAAAUGGUACAAUAGCCGAAGAAAAUAACACUGAGCACCCACAAACAAACCAAAGCAAUAUCAAGGAAGAAACGACUGAAAAACCUGCCGAUGAACCUAAUAUUGAAGCAAAGCCUGAAGUUUCAUUAGAAACAAGCCAAAAAGAAAUUAUUAUAUCAGAAGCAGAAAACGAGAAUCAAGCCUCACUUGAGCCCUCUAGUGAAAUACCACCAGUAACUGAGGUAGAGGAAUCCUCUCCUGAAACAACACCGAGUACGACCACAACACAAACAACUUCGCCUUCAUCGCGUUCAAGGGCACCUUACCGACCACUUAAACGAGUGUUCACUUCCACAACUGAAUCAACGUCUGCACCAAGCAGUAGAAUUUUUAGCCGUAAAUUCAACCCUGGAGUUUAUACUAGCCCGGCCACUGUCGAUAAAGAUACCUUCAAACCUAGCACUAGAAGGCCGUUUUCUUCGAGAACCUUCACUAGGCGUCCCUUCACUACGUCCAGUACUACUCCAGAACCAGAAGAAGAUUACUCUGAAGAAAUCUUGGAAGAAGAACCUGAGAACGAACUGGUGUUCGUUCCACCGAGCAAAUUAUUUACCAGAAAACCUGAAUUUAAUGAUGAUGACUUAGAAGAUUCAGGCGACGUCUCUGAAGAUGAAACUUUUGAAGAACAAAAACCUAAUUUGACUUCUAGGAAACCAUUCGUGCCACGAGUAGUUAACUCAAAUACCUUUAGGACUUCCACAUCCACUACAGAACUACCUAAACGUUUAAGCGGUUCUCUAAAUAGGACUUCAAUAUACAAUAGAACAAGCCCAAACAAACCUGUUGACCCAAAAGCAAAGCGAGUACAGAAUGUACCAGUUGGAUAUAAUAGACCAGCCGAAGCUCCAGUAACUGAAACAAGCGUCGCUAAUGAAGCAUCAGAAACCACAAACGAAAAUACUGAAGAAACCACUACAAAUAUAUUCAGUGAUGACUUUGAUAUGAGCACUGGCGAUGAUUAUCUAUCAAUGACUGAAGGUCCUGGUACAACGUUAACAGACAGUGAUGAGACUCUAUCUACCAACACUCUUCAGACCGAAACGGCUACAGCAGAAAUGGAAAUCAAUGGUAGUACUGAUGAUUAUUUAGAGAAUACGGAACAAACAACUAACUACCCUAGCACUCAUGAUACCACAUUUAACGCACAAACUGAAACAGAUGCUGAUGAUCGCACUACAGAGGUGACUACAGAACCUAUUGCCGAAACAACGCCUGUACCUACAGUUCCACCAGUUAUAAAAACUCAAUUUAACAAACUGUUCUCAGUAAGCCGCGUUGUAGAAGUAUCAUCGAAAUUAGACAAACAUCGUUUAAAUAAAAACAACGAAACACGGCUUAUUGAAGAAGGCAAAAUUAUGGUCGAGAAGAAGCCAGUGGUAGACAAAAUUGGUGAGGUAAGUAGGUACAGCCUUAUCAAAAUUGUUGAAGACGAAAUCCCAAUUUAUCUAACUAAAUAUGGACACAUAUAUCCCGUCGAAAAUCCACCGGACAAUCCGAUUCGGAUCGAUGAAGGCCGUAAUGCCAGAGCUCUGAGCAAUUUUGCUGAUGGACCUAAAGAGAACCUCGUUGCUUCCGAAAGCAUCAACGAAGCUUACAGACAUGUCACCAAAGAAGCUAAUAAGCCAAGCAGUGAAGUCCCGAAACACACUGUAGAGCACAUAGAAAGCGAUGAUUUUUUGAGUUACAUUAAUAAUGAUAAUAAAACCGACAAAAACAGCGACAACACUUAUUCUCAGUGGCAAUUUGUGCCAGCUGCUUAUGAAAACGAGCAAAACAAACUAAACAAAGCAGCCAAGAGUUUUGAAGUUGUUACACCUCGAAGCAUGCUAACUGAUCCAUCUACUUUACCCUUAGAGGCUCUAUUUAAGACAGAAGUUCCAGUCAUGGCUAGACGGAUGAACAAUGACCAGGGCUCUCAACCUUUUGUUGUAUACUCAGCAUCGGUGCCCUCACAAAAAGAUGAUGCGAGUAUCGUCAAAGUGGACGUGCUAAAGCCAGAGGUUGGUCGCAGUAUAAUAACUUUUGCUAAAGGACAAGAAUUCCAAGGAGCGUCAGUUGAUCAAUCGACAAUACAAUACCCGGUUAAUAUUACAAUUUUAUCACAAACGUCUGACAGUCCAUCAUCCACCACAAUAAUGUCGAUUACGUCCACAACAGAGACCGUGAAUACUAGCCCUAUUAUUGACUUACUCACGACACCUGCACCAACAACUUUGACAACUGAAGCACAGACAAUUACCACAAUGGAAAUACCAUCAACAACAGAGACUAUAGCUGACGAAAUCACGACUGUCAAAAUAUCUCCCUUAGACGCGAAACGGAAAUUUGCAUUCCCUCGUAGACCCAUCGUUAAACCUUCAAAUUUCACUAGACCUAGUCCAACCCCGCGUGUUUCUAAAAAGAUAAAUGCUACCGUAGUCUCUAAUAACCUAAAGUCUAAUAAAACGUCUGGAUUCAACCCGACCAAAUCCCGAUUUACUGCUAACAGAGCUCAAAAUGUCCCCAUUGACUUUAGAAAGAAAACGAACACCACUAAAUUAGCACCUAAAGCUGUAACCAAAUCAUUCACCACAGAAGCACCUAGAACGACAACUGAGAGAAAACUAUAUUUCAAGCCGAUAAGGCCUAUUAGUGUGCGGCCAGCAUUCGUGCCACGAAAAAGUACAACGCCAAAGGUCAGUGGAGACACCUAAAUGAGGGUAACCUUACCGUAGUUUUAAACUAGUGCAUGUUCCCGUUGAGUCCGGUUCUCUGGCCAUAGUAACCCGAUGACUGAUAUUAUCAAUAACAUUCAACUCCGAUUCUCAGAGCAUGGUUCCCCGAGUCCGAAGUUGAAAGGGUUAAUAAAAAGUAAAUGAUUCAAAUUGACUCUUCAAGGUUUGUUAACCUUGUAUCUAUCUGCUACUCAUUGGCUUUAUGUUUUGUAUAUAGAACUUUAGAAACUUGACAGUUUCGUUGUAGUCAUAUUUUUAGAGAUUCAUAGCUUUAAAUUAGGAUUAUGGAAGUUUUUCUAUACCAAAAAAUGUAUAUUAUAAUUUGUUAGUUUGUUUUGGUAUAUCGAAGACUUUCAAAUACAAAUUGUCGUAGGUUAUAUUGUAAUGUAGUUAUUUAAUGUUUUGUAACGAUAUUAAUGUUGCCGUAACGUUACCAAUUAUUUAAAAUUUAAAUGUACAUAGGUACGUACUCGAGUUAGGACCGAGCAUUGUAUUCACGAUGUGUAUUUUUGUAUUGUAACAUUCAAAAAAGCGAUAAAGGUUUGUAAUAAAGUAUAAGUAAACACAAA